AUGACUUUCUAUUCAUCAAUCGGCAAUUGUACGCCCAGCGCUAUUCCCUAUCCAGUUAUAUCUGGGGCUGAGUUUGUUGCUAUUGAAGCCCAGCCAGUCCUGAACUACAACGGCUCUGACAUUGAAAAUCGACUCUGGCACAACCAUGGCCUUCUACCUACCAACGCCUCCGUUAGCUUCUGCAAUGUCACCCUCACGCACGCGCAUCCAGGCAAAGACGACAUGCUGCGUACACAGAUCUGGCUUCCUCUAGACUCCACAUGGAACAGACGUAUGGUGAUGGCAGGUGGCGGAGGUUGGUCAGCAGGGUUUGAGCAAGCAGCUCCUGGCAUGUUUGGAGGCCUGACUGAGGGCUUUGCAAGAUCCUCGGUGGACGGCGGAGUACAGAUCGAGAACGCUCUCUCAGUAGCAACCUGGGCACUGACAAGUCCUGGCAAUGUCGACUACAACGCACUACAGAGCUUUGCAUUCAAUGGUCUGAUUGAUGGCGCUAUGGCUACAAAACAGGUCAUCGAGAGCUUCUAUGGUCGUGGCCCGGACUACUCUUAUUGGAACGGUUGCUCUCAAGGUGGCCGGCAAGGUUACAUGUUUGCCCAGAAGUUUCCAGAAGCCUUCGAUGGCAUCGCGGCCGCAGCUCCAGCUAUCAAUUGGAGUUCAUUUUUCUUUUCGUCGACCUUCCCUCAACAGGUCUUAUCUGAGCUGGCCCAAAACGGCUUGGAGCGUUUCCCACAUGACUGCGAGUUCCUCUCCCUAAGGAGGGCUGCCAUUGCUGCUUGCGACGCCAACGGUGGACCCGUUGAUGGGUUGAUUUCCGACAUGGCAAGUUGCAAAUUCGACGCCCGGUCCAUGAUUGGAAGUCCAUCUAACUGCAGCUCCUCUGGCGCACCUUCGGUCAUAUCGGAGGCUGCUGCUAUAGCCAUGAAUGCAUUGUGGCAGGGUGCUCGGACAAGCGACGGAUCAUUCCUGUGA